AGUAAGAUUUAGGUGUAGCAUAACACCUAUUAGCUACAUUAAUAAUUAUGUCCUCACAAGAAUAGUAAGACAAGAGUGUGUGUGUGGGUUUUGUGAGUCCAGAAACAGGUAUGGCAGUGUCAGGCCAGAGCACGAUGCACAAUGCACUACACAUCUACAUGAAUGGUUCGAUGUCAUCAGUGCCAGCAUCAGCUAAUGACCCCAUAUUCCUUCUGCGCCACGCGUUUAUAGACAGCAUCUUUGAGCAAUGGCUACGUCUUCACCGCCCCCCGCGCACUACUUACCCAGAAUCCAACGCUCCGAUUGGCCAUAAUGGAGGCUACAACAUGGUACCCAGCAGAUUUGGCCCUGGCUCUCGGGGCCGCGGUGCUCGGAGCCCUGGUUACCGCUGUCAUCGGUGUGGUUAUCAGAAGGGUUGUUGUGGUGGCGCGUCGCCGAGGGAACAGAGAAAAUCAAUACGGAGAGAAACAACCACUACUGAACAGCAGCGACGAAGAGAACACUGCCUCAUAUCAGACCACACUCUGAACACACACACAAAAUGGUACACAAUAUAUUGAAUUGUACUGUAUAAACACACAUGACCAUGUACACACACAUACACACAGAGAUAAUGCAACACACAUAACUGAACACACAUGGAAAAUGAACCAUGCUAUUUUUAUACAGAUAAUUAAACACACACACACCACUCAUACACGAAUCACUCAAAAUAUACACACACAAAAUGGUACACAUAUUGAAUUGUACUGUAUGAACACACCUGACCAUUUACACACACACACAGUCAGACCCAAAGACUGUACUGUUAAAUGCUUAUUAUGUGAAUCAAAUGAACAUGUACUGUGUUCAUAAAACACCAAAAAUGUUUAUAUAAUGAUAAAAUAAAAUGCUUAUAAAAUCGACACACUGCAGGGCUGUAAACACACACACACACACACACACACACACGAUAAAUACCCAUAAAAUACAACAUUUCAAUGUUAAAAUU